AUGGCGGGGGCGGCGCAGCGCCCCCUGCUCGCGGCGGCGGGCCUGGCGGCGGCGGCGGGGGAGGCGCCCGUGCUGGCGCUCCCGGAGGUGCCGCUGGAGGGGCUGCUGCGGGCGGACCCGGGCGCCGUCGAGGAGGCGCGCAGGGCGCUGUCGGAGCUCGGGCUCCUGGCCGUGGUGGGCGUGGACGACGGCGAGGGCGGAGAGCCGCUGGGUGCCGCGGCGGACGCGGCGCUGCGGGGCUGGGCCGGGUGCCUGUCCGCGGGCGGGGCCGCGCGGGGGAAGGCGCUCGUGCGCCCGCUGGCGGGCGGCCGCGUGCGGCGCGUCUCGGCGACGGCUGGUGGAGGCUGGGGCGACGCGCCGGCGCAGUUCGGCCCUCCAUGCGGCGCUGCUGCCGCUCCCACGCGGUCGAUGCGUCGGGGGCUGCGGCGCGCCACCCGCGCCCUCGCCGCGGCCCUGGAGCUCCGCGGCUCCUCCGCGGGGCCGGCGGCGGCGGACGACGGCGUGCAAGAAGGGACCGCCGCCGGCCUGGCGCUGAGCCGGGCGGUGGAGCGGGGCUCGCACCUGGAGCAUUUGCACCUGUACGAGGAGGCCGCCGGUGCCGACGCGCCCCUCGACGAGGCGGCCCUCGACCUCCACAUCGACGCGGGCCUCCUCCUCGCCUUCGUUUCCCCGCUGAUGGCGGCGGGGUCGUCCGCGGGCGCGGCUGGCGCUCUGGAGGUGGAGAUCCCCGACGGCCAGCGGCGGGCGCUGGCGGCGCCGCGGGGCGGGGUGGUGUUCCUGGCGGGCGAGGCGUCGGGGCUGCUGCGCUGGCCCGGCGACGCCGCGGCCUGGCGCCCCGUGCCGCACGCGCUGCGCCUCCGGGCCGGGUUCGCCUGGCGGGCGUGGUUCGGGGCCAUGCUGUUGCCGCCGCCAGACACCUUGGUCCGCGGCAGCCCAGGCAGCGGCUCUGCCGAAGCCAGUGCCACCGAGGUGGACUUCGACACCCUCUGGGAGCACAAGCGUCUCGAACUCGCGGCGCAGGUGCUGACCGACGGCCCCCGCAUGGCCUCCGACGCCGUCGGCUGCAGCGGCGGGUGGCGGCUCGCCGACCAGGCUGGCGCGUGCCCCUCGGGCACGAUCAGCUGCUGGAAGAGCUGCAUGCCCGUGGCGGGCCUGGAGCACUGCACUGGGCAGAUCUGGGUGAGGAAGCCGGGCGCACCUGGCUCGCUGGCGCGGCUCGGCCGCACGAACCUCAGCGUGCAGUGCCGUGAGCAGGGCUCCGGCAAGCGGUGGCCGAGCGAGACUGGGGACACGUGCCCGGACUGCCAGCCGAUGUGCACCGUGGGGGAGGCGGGGCUCGCGCCGGCGCCGGCGCCGGAGGCGGCAGCGGGCGACAUGUGCAGGCGGUCCAGCGGGAGCAAGGGCACGGGCUCGGGCACCACGAUGUACAUGGACGGCUUGCGUUGGACGUCCGCGGCUAGCGACGAGGUGUGCGUCGCCUUCCUGGCGCCCACUCUGGUCGUCGACACGCGCUGGAAGCUCGCCCUGGCCUGCCUCGGCGGGGCGGUCCUCAGCCUCGGCGUCCAGGCGACCGCCUUCGUCCUCCAGAGGCUGCCCGCCAAGCGCCAGUGGGACGCGGGGCUGUUUUUCCAAGUGGUCAGCCUGCUAUUCGUCUACUCGUCCAUGCUGCUUGUGAUGACCUAUCCAGGAGCUCUUCGGCUCUGUGGUCCUCGGGCUGUCGCUCAGCCACGCUGCGGGCAACCGCCUGCGGAGGGGCAGGGUGAACGUCGCGGACGCAACGGACAGGGUGCGCAGCGUGGUCGUGGCUGA